CUCCCCGAGCCGCAGGCGACACUAACGGCCCGGGGCGGAGGGAGGAGGGGCCCGGGAUGCCCGGAUUGUAGGGCCCGUCCGCCUCCCACCGCAGGCGCCCAGCCGGCCGGUCCCCUCCGUCCCCCGCCCCCUGCUGCGAUGCCGCCUCCCCGCCGGGCCCCGGCCCGCACCGCGCAGGUCUCCCGCUGCCUCAGCUUCAGCGCCUGCCACCGGCUGCACAGUAAGUCACUGAGUGAUGAAGAAAACCUGAAACUCUUUGGGAAAUGCAACAAUCCAAACAGACAUGGCCACAACUAUAAAGUUGUAGUGACUGUGCGUGGAGAGGUAAGUGCAAUCAUUAUUUCCUUCCUUUUUCAUUCUUGGAGGUAUCAGAGUGUGGUUUCCAUCUGCAAAUUCUGCAGAUCUUUUUAAAAAACCCAACCCUCUAGGUGUUUGCCUUUGUAGAAUUACUAAAAAUCCUGCAUUCCUUGAAAAUCCUU